AUGCAACUCGCAACCAUCUUUGCAGCCGGCGCUGCCGCAACUCUCUUUUCAGUUGGCGCCGUUGCCGACCAACGUGUUUCCGAGCGAUCGACCCACGAAGAAAGACAGCGUCCCGGUUAUUGCGAAGUGACAAUUCGCGACAGCUCAAAUAAUAUGAUGGUAAGACGACAGUUUCGACUAAUCAAAGCCGGCCACUCUGCCGGAUUCACGUUCAACAACUUUAAAUAUAACGUUCCGACCACCAAACUGUGUUUCAUAAAAAAUCCUGAUACAGUUGAAAAACUACCUGAUGGGUAUUAUUUUUAUGCGAAGGCCUAUGAAGGUCUAGGGCGCAUCGGGAUGACGAAGCAGACAAUCUAG